AUGCUAGCGACGCAGGAAUCUGCCUACCGGAGAGGCGUGCAGUUGCUGAGCUUUGGGUUUCUGGGUGUCUUUGGAGGCUUUCAGGCAGCCCAAGGGCUGCAAAGCUCGCUGAAUGCGAACCUGGGUGAGCUUAAUCUGGCAGCCCUGUAUGGCACGUUCUCCAUCCUUUGUUUAGUCGCCCCUCCUCUACUAGUCAACUUGGAGCAAUGCCUGGGGAUGCAACUCAUCUUGCUGAUUUGCUCUGCAGCGUAUUCGGCCAUGGCGCUCUCGAACUUGCUGGUGGUACCAGCUGAGCCCUCACCAGUCUGGGCGGUCCCUGUGGCUUUCAAUGUUCUCGUCGGGGUUGCAGCGCCGCUUCUUUGGACAGCGCAGAACACUUAUGUGGGUCGGAGCGCUGUUUCAGUGGCCAAGCUCUUGCAGGAGCCAACGGAGAAGUGGACCACCAGCUAUAACAGCCUCUUCUUCUCCAUUUACCAGUUCGCUGGCAUGAUUGGCAAUGUCUUGUCUUCGGUCAUUUUGUUGUCCUUGAAGGAGGUCGCCUGGGCGAAGGAGGCGCUCUUUGUGACCUUGGGACUCUUGAGCUUCGUUGGGGCCUUGGUCUUUCUGGCCAUGCCGACAGUGGAAGGAGCUAACGACAAGCAUGCUGGGAUCUUGGACACCAGCAGGUUGGCUGUGACGGAUGCCAAGGUGACGCUGAUGAUCCCGUUGAUGUUGACCAAUGGGAUGACCUUGGCCUUUUUCUUGGGAGACUUCCAAACGGAUGUGACCUGUCCGGUGGCUGGCUCUGGCUUCACUGGCUUGGUGAUUGCAAGCUUGUUCGGGGCCAACGGUUUAUGUUCCGCCUUUUGGGGGCAAAUGAUCUCAAGACGACGUGCUACGCGAAGGGCGGUCUUUUGCUUGGCCUCCCUACUCUUGGCUUUAUUCCUAGUACUGAAGAUAUUUUGGCAUGUUCCAACGAACUAUCGAUUGCCCGCUGGCAGUAUGAAGUGGGAGAUGAUCAGUGAACCUAAACCUUUGGAUGUCUUUGUCAUCUUCCUGUUGGCCGUGAUCUUCGCCGCAGGGGAUUCCUUCUUUGAGGCUGGACCACCGAUGACGCUACAGAGCUUCUACGCUGGAUCCAGCUGCCUAAUGCCAGCCAUGGCCAAUUACAAGCUUUGGCAGAGCUUGGGCUUCGCUAUCCAGUUCUUCAUCGCGAUACCUUUGAAGGACUUCCCAGUCCUCCGAGGAGGGAAGCAAAUCUUGGCGGACUUCCCCGAGCCGCGGAACGUGCCAGCGGCCGUUGCGGAUGCCUCCCAGCGGGGUCCUGGCCUGGGUGUCUUCACCAAUGCCGGCCUGGAAUCACCCGCGGGCAAAGGCCAUCCUGCAGCGGCGGCGGCGAUGUGUCAACGUGAACAUGUGCUGCGAGUACUGCGAUUGGGGCCUUUUCCAAGCAAUGCAGAGGUACAAGAAGCCCUGGCGCUGGAGAUGGACACUUGGCGGGUGACGCCGAAGCCUGCCACAGUGGUCUUAAGCGCCGUGGCCAAGAGGGGCUGGGCUUCUUUGGCACGUCAAGUGUUGCAAGUGAUGCUGAAGGAGACGUUGGAAGUGAAUGUUUUUCACUACACUACAGUCAUGGCAGCCUCGGACGAUUGGCACUUCUCCUUGGAUCUCCUUGAUGAAAUGCUGGGCUUCAAGAUCCAGCCAAACCAAUUCAGCUACAGUUCAGCUGCCACCAACUGUGCGACAAGUAGCUACUGGCACCUCUCGAUGGACUUGCUGUUUGCUGUGCCAUGCCAGAGAUUGUUUUUUGACCAAAUCAGCUUCAAUGCCGCCAUUGAUACCUAUCGCGGCGUGAACUGGGAAAGAGCCAUUGGCUUGCUUUUUGAGAUGCCCAGGCGACACCUCCGCUCGGAUGCUGUGGGCUUCGGCGCGGGGAUCAGCGCUCUUGAGCGAGGCAGCGAAUGGCCAGCAGUUCUGGAGCUACUGUUGCAGAUGCAGCAGAAACAGAUCAUCGUCAAUGAGAUUGUGGGCUCGGCGGCAAUCAGUGCCUGCGGACAGCAGGGAAGACAAUGGGAGACCGCGCUGAACUUCUUGGCUGAAUUGCUCAUGAGAACUUGUGGAACUCGCGCUGUCGACCGGAUUGCAUGGAAUGCUGCAGUGACCGCCUGCGAAGCGAGCUCUGAAUGGACACAUGCGCUAAAUAUCCUUGGUGAAAUGUGCUUAUAUGGAUGUCAACCAGACGUUGUGACCUACACUGCCUGCCUCACUGCAUGCCAAUCCCGGCAUCAAUGGCAGCAAGCUUUAGGGCUAUUUUUGGAGAUGGGGAAGAGGCGGCAGGUCCAGCCAAACAUCAUCGCCCUUGCGACGGUCGUGACUGCAUGCUCUGAGAGAGGAUGCCACCAAGAGGUGCUUCAGCUGCUCGAAGGUCGCAUUGGGCCGGAGCCUGAGUGCCCGGAGUGUCGGCAGGGAUUGGAACUGUGGAGCAAGGCCAUUGAUCUCAAGAUCGAACCCAAACUGUCACAGGAUUUUUUACCAAAAAGUGGGCAGCAAAUUUCCAAGCUUACAGUUGCAGUGCUGGAUUCGCAGACUUCACUUUACUUCCUUUCCUUUGGCCAUCCCUGGAGCUCAACUAAGCACCAUGGCCUGGGCUUUGUUGACGUGAUUUGGAAGCCAUCAGAUGAUCUGAUGGAGGCGCGACCGGAGCUAAGUGCUUUGUUGCAGAGCUCGCAGGAGCGAGCGAAGCCGCACGAACUGGAGCCGCCACCGGUGGAGGAGGCGAGUGCUUUGGACCCCUUCCGCUCUCCUCAUGGACUGGGCACUUUGGGGCUUCAGGGUCACAACGCUCACUCUUCGGCUUCACUGGCCUUUGCAAGGAGUUCGUACGAGGCUGCGCAGCUGGCUUAUGCCAGGGGUGAUCGAGCUGGGUACGAAGCAGCUGUGCGGGCCUACACUGCCCACACUGAGCAAGCAGCUUGGAGUGCCUAUGUCGAGCAAGAACGACUGGCUCAAGCAGCAGCGUACCACCACGCCUUACAUCGAAACUUCGAGGCAGCUCAGGCACAUGCUCUAUAUGCGGAAGCUGCCAGAUUGGAAGGUGCACAAGGUCUACCUCCGGUCAUGGAGCCCACAGGGCACCCGCAAUGGCCUGGCAUGGGUGCAGCUGCAGAUGCGACAGCACAGCUUGACGCCCUGAACGCCUUGAAGCGCCAUGGUGGCGAUGCUGGUGAUCGCGCGGCACCCACAGAGAAGGCCAUGCUUGGUGGCAGAGAAGAUGUGAUGGAGUUGCUGCAAUCAAUCCUUCCAUCAAAUGCAAGGAUAAACGUCGCGCCCGGCGCUGGCGCGCCGACGCCACAAGCCAGCGCGGCAGCGCUGCAAGGUGGAUUUCGGGGACGAGGCUAUGGAGUUCCUGGCACCCCUCAUGGAGUAGGCCUGGGAGAUCCAAGACUCAAUCCCGUGUUAGGAGCUCUGAGCCAGAUGAGCUCUUUGCCGCCAGAUCUUGCAGCCGCGUAUGCCGCUGCCAAGCCGGGAGCAGCUGGAGCUCAAUCUGGAGGUUGGAGACCGUCUCUGCGACCCUCCAUGUCUCCGGAGGAGCAGCUCCUUCAUGCGCACGCUGCACAGCAUGCUGCGGCUGCACAGGCAGCUGCCGGCCUGGCUGACGCCAGGCCACAGCCCCUGCAACCGGGAAUGACCAAUGCAGGCUUCGGAGCCGCGGGGGAUCCAGGAUGCAGUGGGCAUAAGGCAAAAGGUGGUCAGGACAGACAAAGCAAAGGAAAGGGCCGGCAUAAGGGCUAA